ACUCUAUCGGUAUCUAUUACCCCGGAAGUAAACAUUUGAUAGGAAACUGUGGCAUGAGCCGCUUGUAUGACAACAAACCCCUGGCUAAUUUGCCCGUGGGUAACGUCCGUGUGGCAAAGGUGUGGUCGGAGGCAGAUCUAGCGAGCGGAGAUGGUGUGAUAAUUGAAGGCGUAAUCAAGGGACGUGGCAGGGUAGCUGUCACAGACUGCCAGGACUCCAAGCACAGAUACUACCUGUUGUACGUUAGCCCCGACAGGGUACACAGACGGAAGUUUGAUAGCAGUGGGAAAGAGGUGGAGCCGAACUUUAGUGAAACCCAGAAAGUGAGAACGGGCUAUCUCAAUUCCUCCUACAAGGUGGAGGCUAAGGGACAGACUGAUCGUCUGACCAAUCAGCAAACUGCAGAGCUGCUAGCCAAUCAGGAGUUGUUGGCACUGACCACUAAACAACAACCUUCCGGAUGUGACAAAUGUCUGUCACUAUGGUUACCAGAGGGUGAAGCUGAAAAACUGGAACUGGCAGAAGGAGAGGCCAUAAGAUUGAAAACAAGAGGAAAUGGGCCAUUAAUAUUUAGCAUUGCCAAGAUGGAUGUUCAGUCAGCCAGCGUGUCUAAUUUUGCGGGCGGAGAACAGGUGGGCGGGUCGUGGACCGACAAAAUCAUUGGGCUUAAGUCAGAUGCUCCUGAGGAGGAGGAGGAUGAUGAUCAGGAUUGGGAUUAACGACGGCAAGCACUUCUGACUUAUACACCUUAUCUAGCCCCCAUGGGACAGUCACUGGAGGAAAGGCCAGAUCGUAGAUGGAAGUAAAGAUCUGUUUGGUUUAUCUAGGAAGAUCUGACAGAAGAAAUGAUGUGCACGAUUUGUUCUAAAACUUUCUACUGUACACAAUGUGUUCCUUAAUGAUAUUUCAUUUUAUAUUAUACAUCAUAAUUAUAGAUGUAGUGAACCUUACACAAUGUCAAAGCUAUAUAUGUUUUAUUAAAGAGAUAAAUAACUC